UUCCAUUUUCUCUUUGUAAAUGACGCCAUUUUGCAAGCGUCACUUGGCGGCGUGUGCACUUUUAAUAUUUUAGUCAGUUAUACCUCCACGCCAACCAUAAUAUUGUUUUGUUUUUGUGUAAUAUGUCGUAUCAGUCUAGUGUAGCACAAGAUUCAUUAGCUGCGGCACAACUAGAGAUGGCCGGUAACCCUAACGCUUUGGCUCUGCGUCGGCCAUUCGACCCGGUGGCUCACGACUUGGAAGCUAGUUUUCGUUUGACACGAUUUGCUGAUCUAAAAGGAAGAAGCUGCAAGGUACCUCAAGAUGUUUUGGGUAAACUGGUGGAGUCGCUGCAACAGGACUACUCUCAACAGGACCAAGACCAAUUUAUGCAUGUUGCGAUACCGCGCAUCGGCAUCGGCUUGGAUUGCUCGGUGACGCCGCUAAGGCACGGUGGCCUCUGUUUGGUCCAAACAACCGAUUUCUUCUACCCAUUAGUCGAUGACCCCUACAUGAUGGGUAAGAUCGCAUGUGCUAACGUAUUGAGCGACCUUUACGCGAUGGGUGUAACUGAAUGUGACAACAUGUUGAUGCUGCUUGGAGUGUCUACAAAGAUGACUGAGAAGGAACGCGACGUCGUCAUCCCCCUGAUAAUGCGUGGAUUUAAGGAUUCUGCGCUAGAAGCUGGAACUUCAGUUACAGGAGGCCAGACUGUCAUCAACCCGUGGUGCACCAUUGGAGGGGUUGCAACUACAAUUUGCCAACCUAAUGAGUAUAUUGUUCCUGAUAAUGCUGUGAUGGGCGAUGUCUUGGUACUGACAAAGCCCCUGGGUACGCAAGUAGCUGUAAAUGCUCAUCAAUGGCUAGACCAGCCUGAGCGUUGGAAUCGGAUCAAGUUGGUUGUGUCCGAAGAGGAUGUACGAAAAGCAUAUCAUCGUGCAAUGGAUUCUAUGAGCAGACUCAAUCGCAUUGCUGCCAGGUUGAUGCACAAGUACAAUGCUCAUGGUUCUACUGACGUCACUGGAUUUGGUUUACUUGGCCAUGCACAAAACUUAGCAUCACACCAAAAGAAUGAGGUUUCAUUUGUUAUUCAUAACUUGCCUGUUAUAGCCAAGAUGGCUGCUGUGGCCAAGGCAUGUGGAAACAUGUUCCAGUUGCUUCAAGGACAUGCCCCAGAGACUUCUGGCGGGCUCCUCAUCUGUCUUCCAAGAGAGCAGGCGGCUGCCUACUGCAAAGAUAUUGAAAAGCAGGAGGGCUACCAAGCCUGGAUCAUUGGUAUUGUUGAGAAGGGCAACCGUACUGCCCGUAUCAUCGACAAGCCCCGAGUUAUCGAAGUGCCCGCCAAGGAUUAAAAUAAAUGUUAAAACUUUGGAUGUUUUAAGGAUAUUUUUUACAUAAUUAAUUACGACUUCAGAGCUGGAUAAAUCUUAAUUUUUAUUUUAAAGAAUACAUUGUUGUAUAACUUGGACAGUUCUCUACAUUUCUCAUAGUUUUUAGACUUAUAACUAUUGAUUUGUAUUAACAGACAGUUAAAUAGUUUGAGAAAAUGAUGUCAGAAGCUUUUUAGAGAACUUGGUCUAGUGACUAUUCGGUGUUAUUUAGGUAAGAUAUCACUAAAAAAAAUAAGAAUAAUUCCAUUAGGUACAUCUAAACCUAACAUUUGUUUGCAGCUUAUGAACAGUUACUGCAAAUUGUGAGA